UGGCUCUUGACUUGGCUUUUCCUAAGUGCUGAAGAACUUUCUCUCUGUGACAACCUUUUUUCCAUGUCUUCUUCUCAUGUAUGGAAUCGGGUUACUAAGAAUGAAGUAUUUUCUUUACAAUUGAAUGUUUUCUAGUUCUGUGAGGUAUUUUUUGUGAGAUGCUGGCAUCUCAACUAUACAUCCUUUAUACAUUUGUCUGAUGCCAUUGAAAAAUCAAGUUGUACCAGACCUUUUAGGCAGACCUACUUUUUCUUUAAAAGCUAUACUGCCAUUGUUUCUGACUUCAGGCAGCAGUUUUUUCAUUUGAUUUUUUCGUCUACCUUUCCUUGAGUGGGAGCAACGAUGCACAUUGCAGUGGCAUUACCUCCCAUCCUCCUCCUGUCAGCCAUUCUGUCUCUGGCUGAUGCCAAGUUCUACAGACCCUCCCAGUACAUCCUCUACAAGGCUGGGCCCAAUCCUCAUCCAUAUGUCCAUGGGAAGCCCACCAGCAGGCUCAAAAACCACUGUGCCUACGUUGUUGAGAAGACUGUUUCAUUCACCAUGCAGGAUGGGGUAGCUCCUUAUGUCAAAGCUCAGUACAACAAGUGUGCCUGGGGUCAGAAGUGUCCAACCCUCAUAUAUCAUGUGAUGUACAAGCCUGUCUAUAAAGUUGCCCAUAAGACUCUCACUGAGCUGGAAUGGCGCUGCUGUCCAGGAUACUCUGGCUACGGCUGCAUGGAGGGACCCCCAGCCUACCAACCCCUAAUUAAGGCGAUGCCUCCAUUCAAGGGCCCACCAUUCAAACGCCCACCCAUUAAAGGAAACCCCUGGAGUCAGAGCAAGGGCCAUCCUCCCAUGAAAUCGUACCCAAUGCUUACCAAGGGCCCUCCCAUGAAGGGACCUCCUCCUAUGAAGUCAUACCCAGUGAAAGCAAAAGGCCCUCCUCCCAGCAAUGUCAAGUCCUACCUUAAACGUCCCUUUGGGCCUCCUCUGACCCACCCCUCCUACCGAGGGUCAUCUUCCAAGCCUUACACCUUUGGGCCACAGCACCUCCACCAACCAAACCGCCAUGAGGGGCCAGACUAUCACCAGCCUGAACUAGACCACCAGGGGUCAGAUUAUCACCAUCCUGAACUAGACCACCAGGGGCAAGACCCCCACCAGCCUGAACUAGACCACCAGGGGUCAGAUUAUCACCAUCCUGAACCAGACCACCAGGGGUCAGACCACCCCCAGCCUGAACCAGACCACCAGGGAUCAGACCACCACCAGCCUGAACCAGACCACCAGGGGUCAGACCAUCACCAGCCUGAACUAGACCACCAGGGGUCAGACCACCACCAGCCUGAACCAGACCACCAGGGUUCAGACCACCACCAGCCUGAACCAGACCACCAGGGGUCAGACCAUCACCAGCUUGAACUAGACCAUCAGAGGUCAGACCACCACCAGCCUGAACCAGACAACCAGGGGUCAGACCACCACCAGCCUGAACUAGACCACCAGGGGCCAAACCACCAACAGCCUGAACCAGACCACCACUGGUCAGACCACCUCGAGCAGGAUCAUCACCAGCCUGAAUCAGACCAGGAGGGGCCAUACCACCAGGAGCCAGACAACCACGAGCCGGACCAUCACCAGUCUGAACCAGACCACCAGGGGCCAGACCACCAUGAGCCAGACCAUCACCAGCCUGAACCAUAUCUGGAGCCAAACAAUCACCAGCAGCCUGGACCAGAUCGUCCUGAUCACCCAGACCUCACUGAUCAUCCUUUUCACUCAGAGUUGGAGCCUGUCACUGAUGAAACAGCUCCCCCUGCUGGCAGCCAAGAAAUGGAUGGCCAGCCUCGGGACACAGUGGAUAGUGAGUCUACUGAGCGUCUGGACCGGAUGGAGGAGGACGUGCGGAGGCUGUCCCAGGGUCUGGAGACGCUUAAGGGGACGGUGAACGGACUCGAGGAUGGCCUGCGCGCCUCACUAUGGGAGGACGCCAACAGGAUGUUCUCCGCCCUGCUGUCUGCAGCACCAAGCCCUGUUCCCGCCCCCGCUCUGUCCUCUUCCCCCCACUCCACUGUAGGCUUUGCAGACAUCCCUGGAGGAGACCCCGAUGCAGAGGGGCUGGAUGUGGGCCAGGCUUUCCCAGGGUUGAGCGAGCUGACAGGGAGGGUUGAGGGGCUCCGGACUGAGCUACAGGCCAAGGCUGCUGAGCUGGAGGAGCUGAGAGGCAGUGUGAUCAGGCAUGACGGAACCCUCAAGAAGAUGUCAGGUGGUGCAGAUAGCUUGACAAGGGCCGAAGCGAGAGACACCCAGAAGGCAAUGGAGGAUCUGGUGGAUGCCAAGCUUGGCGGGGCCCGGACGGAGAUCCUGGGGGAGUUUGAGAAGUGUAUCGAGAGUGCAGAGAGCCGCUGUGGGGAGAGGGCCAGGGAGGUGAGUCGACAGUGCCACAGGGAGCAGCAGGAGAGACAGGAUCUAAUGGAGCUGGCCCUGGAGGUCAGCGCCACUGGGCUUAGGAAGGAGCUUGGAUACCUGCAGACUCAGAUCCAGGGACAUGACCUGAGAGAGGGCUGCUGUGGUAGAGUCACUGGCCUAGGUGAGAGGGUGCAUCUGCUGGAACAGUUGGUGGCAGGCCUCAACCAGUCCCAGGGGCACCUGGGAGUGGAGCUGGGUGGUCACAAGGCCCAUGUAGAGGCAAUGCUGGAGGGGAGACUGGAGGACGUGGAGGCCAAGCUCAACCUGACUGAAUGUGGAAAGGUCAGGGGUGGGAGCACUAGCAGCAGUGGUAGUGGUGGGGUCCAGGGCAGUAGCUCAGAGGGAGAGGUCGGGGCAGGCAGCCUGGAGGCCCGUCUGGAGGGGAAGCUGAAGGCUCUGGAGGGUCGUCUGCUGACAGCGUUGGGGGAUCUGGAGAAUGCUACAGCCCCUGCCUUGCUGGAGGGCCAUGUCGUGCCCACACUGGAGACAGAGGUGGAGUCCCUCAGUAGGAGGCUAGAGGUGGACGUGGACAGAGUGCAGAAACAGCUGAGCGGCCUGGAACUACUCUGCACAUCCUCCUCUCUGCCCAUUCUCCAGAGAGACGAAGCCACAUCAAACACUCACAGGGUGGAGGAGGAUAAGACAGGAGGAGGAGAGGAGAAUGGUCUCCUGGACAUGGAGAAUAACCGUCUGAACAGCCUUAAUGUCACCCUGCAGAGCCUCCUGACCAGACUGUCCCAGAGGGAAGACCACCAGGAGGGAGAGGAGGGGAGCUCAGUCCAGGGUGAAAUCAUGCUUCUCAAGUUCAAUGCCCGUUCCAUGAACCUCACCCUGAAGGGCCUGAAGGACUCUGUAGGGUUGGUGGUCCAGGAUGUGGGGCGCGCCAACACCACCUGGCAGGAGCGGGAAGAGCGCCUGACCCAGCAGGUGAUGGGUGUGGUCCAGCUUUUGGGGCGCCAGGCCUCCAUGUUGGGGGUGGGUGAGAAGAAGCUGACCCGGAUGAAGGGAGAGCUCCAGGAACUGAGGAGGCGGCUGGCCGGGGAGGUGCAGGGCUGCCGCUCCACUGCGCUUGGAGUCCAAAAGGAGGUGGUGGAGGUGGGGGGCCGCGUGGCCAGCGUGGAGGGCCAGUGUAAGGGCUUCAGUCACCUGGCCAAGGAUCUGGAGAGGAUCAGGGCGGAGUUGGAGAGGCAGUCAGAUGGAUACCUGUCCCAGGUCAACGGUACCCUCACUAAUCACGCUCACCAGCUGUCUGAGCUGAGACAGGAACUCAGGAACUGCACGUGGAAUGCAGAGCCCACCCAGCAGAGCCUGUACCUCCUAGAGCCAGAACAGAUAAGAGAAGACCAGUAACCUGUCAUGAAAUCUAUUACUGUAAGAGGGAGGCCAGAGUUCUGUACUGAGUGAUAAUGGACAAUUAUCUUGAGCCCCAAAUGGCUGGUGGGUGAGCUGGAGACGAUAGAAACAAACAGGCAAUGUUUCAACCCACUGGCGUGCCACAGAUUAUUUUUUAUAAAAUGUUGUUUAGCAAAAUGUUUUAUAUUGACACUUUUAUAUAGAUUUUUUUUUUUACUGUUGUUUAGUAGGCAUAUGAGUUUACAGGUAUCCAAGAUACUACGUUUUAUUUUGUAUGAUUAUUGUCUUUUGUAUUUUACAUUUUGUAUAAAACAUUACAAGUUCUUUAUGAUCUGCAUUCCUCUUGCUGUUAAAGUGUUGUCUGUAUAAUAAAGAGGCGUUA